GCCGACGUUGUGCUCGCAACCCGCACUAAGGCGAUUACGCAUUUAUCAGUUGCUCCCUGCAUGUCAUGUGUUUCAUUAUUUCCUUCUCGUUUAUUUCCACGCAGCACGCAGUCGGAAUAAGUUGGACCUUGAAAGCAAAACUAGCUUGAGUUCCCCGGCGCCAAAACUCUUCUAACCUGCGCGGAGUAAAAGAAUCAAGAGUUGCAACAGUUAUAACAGGAAAAUGUCUCUGGAAGAGUUCAAUCAUCAAGCGCCGUCGGAGGCAGAUGAUUUGGAAAUUGACGGCAAGCCGGCAGGUGAAAGGUGGGCCCCACUCGGUGCCAACGACCCUGAGGAGGAAGCCACUUGUUAUGCUUACCACGAUCACAAAUCGCAUUUCAACUUCGACACUGAUAAAAUGCGGGAGUUGGAAGAACAGCAGGAAAUGUUGAAUUCAUCGCUGAUUGCCCUCACCACACACUUUGCCCAGGUUCAAUUUCGGCUGAGACAAAUCGUGGACGCGCCGAAUUCGGAAAAAGAAGAACUGCUCAAAGAUCUAGAGCAGUUUGCGUUUCGAGGCAUUCCAGAUAUUCGAGAGCAAAAAACGCCGAAAGAAUUGCUCUGCUCUACGCCACCGGUUGGCGAGGACCUUGAGGAGAAAAUGAACGCACAACGGGAAAAGCAGAAAGAGCUGAUCACGCAGCUGAAAUCCCAGUUAGAGGAGUUGGAAAAGUACGCCUACGAAACUGGCGAGGCUGGCUUACCGCAAAGUGUGGUGCUCGAACGACAAAGAGUUAUUAUUGACCAAUUAAAAGGAAAGCUGAAUUUAAACGUGGACAACAUUGAUAAAUUAACCGUGGACGACUUGAAGCAUCAGGUCGACAGUGCAAUUUCUCAACUUGUGAGUCCUUUGAAAAUGAAAGAAACGCUGGUGGCUCAGUUAAAGACGCAAAUUACCGACUUGGAGAGGUUCAUCGAUUUUCUACAAGACGAAGCACCCGCUUUCAAGAGUGCGAAAAUCAAGGACUGUUCGUGCAAAUGCAAAGGCACGGCGAAAUCUUCAAACUGUUCUGCGACCAGCAAGGGCAAAAAAAGACCGGCAUUCACAGAAACCAUACCAAAAACCAAAAAUUUCACUGCAAAUGAAGAUGAGAUGAGAGAAAAAACGAUUAGUAUUAUGAAGAAAAUGUCAGAUCUACUACAAAUGUUUGCAGUGACUCAGUUUGGGUGCGGUACCGAGGCCGCCUUCAAAAAGAAUAGCCUCAAGAAAACAACUAAAGCCAAUCACUGGGGGGACUUGAGGGCGAGGCUGGAGAUGGCGGUCGGACAUAUUUUGCUCCUGGCGUCCGGACACGUGCCCCUUCCCUUGGACAGCGACUAUACGUCAGAUACCGAGGACGCACCUGCAGUCCUGUGCAAUGAAGAGCUCGUAACGGCCGUUCGGAAAGAGCUGGCGAUCAGUUUGCGCGACUUGAUUCAACAUGGACUCAUGCCAAUUGGCCAAAGUGUGAGCCUAGUGCCGUUCAUCGGCUGCUUUCCACCGAGGAGUCAUUCGUCUGGAAGAAUGAUGCACGCUUGGGAAUUAAUUUUGAAAUACUACGAACUGAAAAACGGCGAAACUUUCAAUUCAACUCCUGCGAGAAAACUGUCACAGAGCUUCAACCUAGACCUUUCGGGAAACACCAGCACCACAAAUAAAGAGAGCUUGCUAGGCGCAAUUGGAAACAUCAUAUCAACCCACACCAAGUACAAAAGAAGCUACGAUUCUCAUUUUAAAGCAUUUGUUUGCUCAGCUCUAAAUGCCCGUAAAUUGGUCGCUUGGCUGCGCAUGAUUUUCCGCUACCAACCAAUUUUGGAGGGAUUCUACCAGCCGUGGAGCUACGUGGCGAAGACGGGCUUCGAGGACAGCUUCCGGUGCUUGGAAAAACUCGGCGAACUAAAUUUUGAUUUGCCCGUUGAUCUGGCUGUGAGGCAGCUGCAGAGCAUCAAAGACGCCUUUUGAAUUCAAUCAUCAACAUUUGAUUUUCAUGAUUGCAAGACUGACACACACGCCCCUUGAUUAAAACUUUUUAUAUCGCUAAACAACACACUUUUUGUUCCAGUUUUAUCGAAGUCUCAAAAAUCAAAACUAUAUGUAAAACUCAAUUAAAAGCUCCUAUCAUAAUUGUUGUGCUGUCUCGAGAAAAUGAUGAGAGUAUUAGUUAAAAAAGAGCAAAAUGUGAUUUGAGGAUUUGUAACAAUAAACUCAUUAGCGUAGACAAAUAAAUAUUGAAAUGUUGAUGUUAUAGCUGC